CGAGGCUCGAUGUACGAAACGCACGAGCACGACAGAAAAUAUCGCAAAAUGCCAAGCCCUGCUGCUAAUUGGUCUCGCCGGGCAAACGGCCAACUGCCCGCCAACACGCCACCCGGCGCUUUGCCCAAAACCGCAAUCUCUCCUCCGCCCUUGCUGCUAUUGCUUCCCCUUCUGGGCCCGGGAUUGGAGGGUUGCAUCUGCCCACAAUUCGUCGCUCGCCCGGCGCCCGAGUGGAAGCCGCACGCAAUACGAUGGACAACACCGCGAAUACGCCGGAACGAAAGGCCCAGCUCUUGGUUCAUCCUUCUCCAGGGAGCCGGGGCGGCGGGGCCUUGCCCCUGGCCGACACUGGAUCCUUGCAUCUGCUGCUGCUGGCUGUCAUUGUUUGGUUCCAAUCCCACCGGCUCCGUCAAUCGCAGAGUGCCCACCUCUAUUCGACGGCUACUUUUUGUCGCCUUGCCUCGCCGGUCUUUGUCUCUUCGCCCGAUGUCUACGUGAGCUCCCUCAGCCUCACGUCCAAGAACACGCGGUACUCCAGGCGCCCUGCCCGCCAAAGCGUCACCCGCCCGACACGCGAUUACGACGGCUGCUGCAGGAAGCUUCUUACAGUCAACACGGCGUACUCGUGUAGCUCUUACGCCGGACAUGGAGUAGGUACUUUGUCGGGAGCAUCUACUUGGGAUAAAGGGGCCUUGGCGGCGACCGCGGCUAUCCCGACCAUUACCCCUCACACGAGUAUCGACGGCGACUCAAGGCCACAGCGCCCAGUCUUGACCGUCAAGUCGACCCAACAUGUCCGAAAAACCGCAGGCUGAAGGCCGACCUUCGGGUGAGGAAGCGCCCCCACGAACCGACCCGGCCGAGGCAUCGGCGACGUCAACGCUGGCACCUAUCGAGCCUUCUCACGAAGAUCCCGUUUCCGUCGACACCACUCACUCGGAGCGGGCGAGCUCCAUUGAGACAUCCAUCAUGGACCACCACGCUAUGGGCGCCAAGCACAAUGGCCAAGUUGCGGCCACACAAGCCGUCCACGAUGGAAACAACCUGUCUCUUGCCGACGUCGAGGAGGUCGACAUCCAGGUCCGCGGCCUCGGCGUCUCAGUCAACACGGCCCCCUCCGUGUGGGACCCGUCGACCUACGGCGAUCUUUUCCAGCAGGUCAUCGGCCGCGACAAAACCCCGCCCGGCGGCCACACCAAGGUGCUGAUAAAGUCAGUCUCGGCCUCGUUCGCACCGGGCACCCUGACCGCCAUUAUCGGCGGCAGCGGCUCUGGCAAGACGACCAUGCUCAACACACUCGCCGAGCGCAUGUCGAGCCCGCGCCUGUCGUACUCGGGCAGUGCCGUCUUCCGCAAUGUCGGUGACGGCGCCGCUGCCCCCGGCGGCGGUAUCCACUCGGUGCGCCACGCCUACGUGAUGCAGCAGGAUAUCCUCCUGCCAACCCUCACUGUCCGCGAGACGCUCCGCUACUCGGCCGACCUGCGCCUACCGCCAUCCACUACGGCCGAGGAGCGCAUGCGCGUCGUGGAGGAGGUCAUCCUGGAGCUUGGUCUGAAGGAGUGCGCCGACACGCGCAUCGGUGACCAUGCGCACAAGGGAUGUUCGGGCGGCGAGAAGAGGAGAGUUAGCAUUGGUGUCCAGAUGCUGGCAAAUCCCUCGGUCCUGUUUCUUGACGAGCCUACAACUGGACUCGACAGUACUUCGGCUUUCCAACUAGUGCGCACGCUCAAGACCCUCGCCGGAAAGGGCCGUACCAUAAUCACGACGAUCCACCAGCCGCGCACCGAGAUCUGGGAGCUAUUCGACAACCUAGUCGUCCUGACCAAGGGCAGCCCCGUCUAUUCGGGCGAGGCAAAGGCUUGCAUUCCCUGGUUCGCCGACCUGGGCUUCGAGUUGCCCCCUUUUGUCAACCCGGCCGAAUUCGUCAUCGACAUCUCUGCAGUCGACAACCGCACUCCAGAAAUGGAGCAGGAGAGCACAGAGAGGGUUCGCAGGUUGAAGGAGACUUGGGACGACGAGUCUCGGAAGCGCUUCUCAGCCUUGGAAUCCGGCGCACAGGUUGCCACGUCCCGCAAAGCCAAGAUUGAGGCGCGGAAGCAUGCGUCCUUUUUCCGCCAAGCCGUCGUGCUGACCGACCGGACCUUCAAGGUGACGUACCGCGACCCCAUGGGAAUGGCGGCAUCCGUUCUCGAAGCCAUUCUCAUGGGAGUCUGCACUGGCUACAUCUUUUAUAAUCUAGGUAGGGACGACUCCGGAAUCCGCUCUCGCCAAGGCGCCCUUUAUACGUCUGCCGGACUCCAGGGCUACCUCUUCCUGCUCUUUGAGGCGUACCGUCUCAGUAUCGACAUCCCCACUUUCGACCGCGAGCACAACGAAGGCUGUGUCGAUGUUGUCCCGUUCUUGCUCUCGCGCCGCCUUGCAAGAGUUUUUACCGAAGACUUUCCCGUUCCCUUCAUCUUCAGCGCCUUAUUCUACUUCAUGGCUGGCUUUGACCGUGAUGCCGAAAAGUUCAUGAUAUUCUUCGCCGGCAACCUGAUCAACCACUACAUUGCCGUCACCUGCGCCAUGGCCUGUAUCGGCCUGGUCCGCCACUUCCCAGGGGCGUCCCUCAUCGCAAAUCUCAACUACACUCUACAGAGCAUGGCAUGCGGAUACUUUAUCCAAAGCGACACCAUCCCCGUUUACGUGCGCUGGCUCAAGUAUAUUACCUACACAUACUACGUGUUCGGCUCACUUUGUGGAAAUGAGUUUGAGGACAGCUUCUAUGACUGCCCCUUCAGCGACAGCCCCGAUGAUCCCAGAUGCCUCUCCUACACGGGCAAGCAGAUCAUGCACAACUUUGGUUUCCCCGAGGACUGGGUGUGGAGGCCAAUUGUGGCAGCGGCCGGCUUUGUCGGCUUCUUCUACCUCACCGCGGGGCUUGCGCUGGCCUUUAUCAAGGUGGAGAUGACCAUCGCCCGCCAGAGGAACCCGGACACGGACUUGUCCUCGGGCAAGGAAAAGAUGAACGCUCGUUCCAUUGCCGAGGUACGCGCCAUCGACGUCGGGCUCGACUCUUUCACACUCUCGUUAGACAAGCGCUCGUCUUUUGGCAAGAAGCUGCCUACCAAGACAAUCCUAAACCCCGUCACCACCACCUUUCAGUCCGGCAAGAUCAACGUGAUAAUGGGCCCCUCGGGUAGCGGCAAGACAUCUCUCCUCAACGCCAUGGCGCUGCGCCUGCGCAACACUGUUGGAACCAAUUACCGACGGUCCGGCAAGCUCACUUUCAACGGGGCGGAGCCGUCCGAGGCGGUGACUCGCUCCGUUUGCUCGUACGUGGCGCAGGAUGACGACGCCCUCCUGCCCAGCUUGACGGUGCGAGAGACUCUAAAGUUCGCCGCCGGCCUACGUCUACCCUCCUGGAUGAGCAAAGAGGAUAAGGACAAGCGCGCCGAGGAGGUGCUCCUGAAGAUGGGACUCAAAGACUGUGCCGACAACCUGGUGGGAAGUGAUUUGAUCAAGGGCAUCUCGGGUGGCGAGAAGCGUCGUGUGACCAUCGCUGUUCAGAUUCUGACGGACCCGCGCGUGCUGCUGCUGGACGAACCUACUAGUGGCCUGGACGCAUUCACUACCCUGUCGCUUCUCGAGCUGUUUUCUGGUCUUGCGAGCGAAGGACGGACUCUUAUUCUGACCAUCCACCAAGCACGGUCGGAUCUCUUCCGCCACUUUGGAAAUGUGCUCCUCCUGGCGCGCGGCGGCUCGCCCGUCUACUCUGGCCCUUCGUCGCAGAUGGUAAGCUACUUUGCCAGCCAGGGCCACGAGUGUCCUCACAACACAAACCCGGCCGACUACGCUCUCGACCUCAUCACCAUCGACCUCCAGCACGAGGAGCGCGAGGCCGAGAGCAGACGCAAGGUCCAGACGCUUGUGGCGGCGUGGCAAACGCAGAUACAGGAGCAGACGAGGAUGCAGGAGCGAGCUUCGGGCGAGAAGGUGUUUGGGAACGAGGGGGUGCCAUCCAUGCUGUUUCCGUCUCGCCUGUCGGACAUCCGGGAGACAGACGAACUUUCGUCGCCCACAGACAAGGAGAAAUCCGCCGAGGCGGAUGCUAUCGACGACGACGACCUGCGUUCACCCGUGGUGAUAGCGCCGUCGCGCAAGUCCUUCCACAAGGACAAGCUCGCCACGCCAGCCGAGCUCGGCGCCCUCGUGCGGAAGCGCGCUAGCUUCUUCACCGCGUUUCCCAUCUUGAUGCACCGCGCCUUUAUCAACUUCCGCCGCCAGCCGCCCCUGCUCGUGGCACGGCUUUUGCAAGUCAUCGGACUCGGUAUCAUCCUCGCCCUCUUCUUCUCGCCGCUCAAGUCGGACUUCUUCUCGGUCCAGAACCGCGUCGGUUUCAUCCAGGAAAUUGCCGCCUUCUACUUCGUCGGCAUGCUCCAGAACGUGGCUGUGUACCCGGCCGAGCGCAAUGUGUUUUACUCCGAGGACGACGACGCCGUGUACCCCGUCGAGGCAUUUGUGGCGACAUACACGCUGCUCGAGCUGCCGUUUGAGAUCGUGUCGUGUAUGGUGUUUGGCGUCCUGGCCGUGUUUGCUGUGGGCUUUGCGUACACGGCCGAGCUCUUCUUCGUCGUCACGUUUGUGUGCUUCUUCGUGGUGAGCUGCGGCGAGUCGGUCGGCAUGAUGUUCAACACCUUCCUGAGCGCGCACACAGGCUUUGCUAUCAACCUGUGCUCCGUCAUGUUGAGUAUCUCCAACAUCAUCGGGGGCAUCAUGUCCAUCAACAUGCCGCGCAUUUUCGAGAUCUUCAACUACAUCAGCCCGAUACGCUACGCCUUCUUGGCCGUCGCGCCCUUCACGCUGCGCGGCGUCGAAUUCUCGUGCGAGGACGCGCAGCGCCUGCCGAACGGGGCCUGCAGGAUCGCGACGGGCGAGGACGUGCUGGACCUGUACAAGCUCAACGUCAACGGGGGCCACAACCUCGCGUACCUGGCCGCGUGCGCCGUCAUCUACAGGCUGGUGGCGUGGGCGCUGCUGAGGGCUGUGAGGACAAAGUGGAGGUGAAGAAGGCGCGGCUGAGCGGCGACGUGUUAUGUGACUGUGACUAUCUUUGGCAACACUACCAGUAUUAUGUUUUAAUGUCUUUUCUACGUACCAUAAAUAGAGCUUAGAGUUGGUAAUUCUACUUGCCGUGUGUUGCCUUGGGU